ACAACCUAUUUGCAUAAAAUUUGCCACACAAAACCUCUAUUUGAAUAAAGCUCGGACUUUCUGCAUGCAUGUGGACACUCAUAUUGAUAGACAAAGCAGUAACCAAAACAGGAAAGGAAAAACUUUUAACCCAUAACAUGGUACGCUUCUUGUCAUUGAUUCGAACGGUGCUCACCAGAAAUUAACCGCUCCAGAGGUCACUUGAAAGCGGCCCGACACCAACCUUUCGAGGCGGGCCAGAGAGCCGUUGUUUGUCCGCUAACGAGAUCGAUUCCGCAGUUCAUUCCACCAUAAACAAACCGCAUUAAGGGGGUAAACGCCCCAGGGUUCGCUUCAACCGGACUGAACAAGGCUGGUGCAAACACAACCUGAAUGUGUUUACUGAAUCAAAUACACAGAAGGACUUGAAUUAAUGAACCAAACAUUCUCAGCAUCAAUGGAACAGGAAGACGUUACAACAACCCCAAACAAGGCUAGUAGGACUCGGAAUGUGGGAAGGGCUGUCAUGCCAUGUUGAUGUUUAGAACCAAGGUGUGGUACAUUAUUAGAGUGUGUGCUGGAUGCUGUAUAAUCAACCUUUUGACCACAGAUCAUUCAAACCUCUUUCUACGACAGUAGUCAGAAUCAAAUAAACAGACAACAGAAUGAAGAAGCUGGUUUACCUCGUCAUGCUGAUGGUCUGCUCAGCUCAGAAAAAUACUGAAGAUUUGUUUGAGAGUGCGUUCACCUUUCCUGAGGAGUCCAAGACCACUCAUGUGAGGAUCAUGCCUAAGUCCACACAGACCGUUAUCAACACAGUGACUGUGUGUCUGCGCUUCUUCACCCAUUUAACGAGAGAUUACUCUCUCUUCUCCCUCGCCCUCCCAGAACAAGCCAACAGCUUUCUUCUUUGGCGUGAGAAGGAUGGUGUUUACUCAGUAUAUGUGAAUGAUCAAGUGGUUUUCCCUGGUUUGAAAGGCGUGCUGAAUCAGUGGAACUCUCUCUGUGCCACCUGGGAGACCACCACAGGACUGGCCCAGGUGUGGCUGAACACCAAGUCCAGCCCCAGGAAGUCUGUCAGUCCUGGGUAUUCUAUCAGAGGGAUUCCCAGUAUCAUUCUGGGUCAGGAUCAGGACUCUUACGGUGGCGGUUUUGAAGCGGCACAGUCUUUUGUUGGCUCUAUGACUGAUGUCUACAUGUGGGACUCUGUUCUUUCUCCAAAGGAGAUCCAGUACUACAUGACUGGAAUUAUAGUGAGACCUGGGAAUGUGGUAGACUGGAGGCAGAUGGUGUUUACUGUAACUGGUGCUGUAGUUGAGGAGACCAGUGUUCUGGGGUUUGUUUACCAUUGCAAUUAAGAAAAGUCUUAAAGGUCAUGCUUUUUUAGGGAAUGUUUGAUUCAUACAUUCAUUCAAGACUUUUGUUUGCAUUUUAUACAGUAAACACAUUAUUUUCAGUUUUCGAAUGUGUCAAAUUAUUCUAAUCAGAGGGAGUCAGAUGGCUAAACGGUUAGGGAAUCGGACUAGUAAUCUGAAAGUUGCCAGAUCGAUUCCUGACCGCGGCAAAAAUGACAUUGUGUCCUUAGGCAAGGCACUUCACCCUACUUGCCUCGGGGGGAAUGUCCCUGUACUUACUGUAAGUCGCUCUGGAUAAGAGCGUCUGCUAAAUGACUAAAUGUAAAUGUCUAAAUGUAAUCAUUGACUUUGCUAUCAGCAUCAUCCUGCAACAGGCUUGUCUUUGCUACCAGCUUUACUUACUCCAAUAAAACUUGUGAACGUG